AUGCCUAUUGCAGUCAUAUCACACACUGUGUUUCUCUCAGUGGAUGUGACUCUGGAUCCUGAUACAGCAAAUCCUGAACUCAUCCUGUCUGCUGAUGGAAAACAAGUGACACAUGGAGACAAACCACAGGAUCUCCCUGAUACACCACAGAGGUUUAAUUUUCUCUGUGUUGUGGGAAAGCAGAGUUUCUAUUCACAGAGAUUUUAUUAUGAGGUGCAGGUCAGAGGGAAAACUGCAUGGAUAUUAGGAGUUGUGAGAGAGAACAUUGACAGGAAGAGGCCAUGGAUUAUACGGGGUCCUGAGGAUGGAUUCUGGACUAUGGAUCUGAGGAAUGGGAAUGAGUACUGGGCUAAUGCUCGUCCUGAUGUCCACCUCACACUGAGAGAGAAGGUGGAGGUGGUGGGGGUGUUUGUGGAUUAUGAGGAGGGUCUGGUCUCCUUUUAUGAUGUGAAGUCCAGAUCUCAUAUCUACUCUUUCACUGGUCAGUCUUUCACUGAGAAACUCUAUCCUUUAUUCAGUCCUUGGUAUAAUGAUGGAGGUAGAAAUUCAGAACCACAGAUCAUCUCUCGUGUAUUUAACACUGAAUGAAU